ACAGGAACAAAACUACAUACACACAUACAUACAUACAUACAUACAUACGAGUACAUACAUACUACAUGCAUUAGAUUUAGAAGGCAGCAUAACAAGUUAGACACAGCCACAAGCAGCAAGCUGAGAACCAAAUAAAUAUUAGUGCAUUGCAAAUGAUGAAAAACAGCAGCAGAAGCAGCAGAAAACGGGAGCGCCAUGAACAAUCUAUACUGCUUUUUUUUUCAAGAAAAAUCUUAGUUUUUAGUGUAUGAGCAAAAAGAGAUAUUCAAGGAGAAAACUAAUUGAUGUGCAUAUGUAUGAAUUUUUGAACUACUGCGCCAGUUUGUAUAGUAAAUUUGUGGAUACAACUAAAGUGAAAAUCGAAAACAAAAGUUUCAGUAGCAGCAAGAUUUAAUGCAUAACACAUAAAAGGAAGAGUAACAUAUAAAAAUAUAUAUACAUAAAUGUAACGCAUAAUACAAUCAAAGUGUUGCGAAAGGCGAACUUGAAUUGGCAUUAAAUGGGCGAAGUGCGCAACAAACGAACAAAAUCAGCAGCAACGACAGCAUCGUCAGCAGCAGAGGCACAAACAUAAAUGUGUAAUUAGGUGAAUGACACACACACGCACACAAAGAAAAUCUGAGGCAGCAUCUAAUUUUCAUAAAUUGGAUAAAUUUGCCACUUGAAGGCGAAAGUGAACGCGAAAACAUAUUCAAAGUGGAAGCAGCAAACAAGAAAGUCUUUAAGAAGAAAUAAAAUCAAAUAGAAUAAAGGAAACUGUAAUUUAAAGAAAUAGUGUGAAAAGAAUUGCAAUUAAAAGUGCAUUAACAAUAGUGAAUUAAAAGCGAAUCUAUUUAUGUAUUUAAUUUCGUUACCACAAGGUAUUGCAGAAAAAUUGUCGCAACAACUAUUAAAGCCGUGAUUUCGGUUAAACGUCAGUGAUCGUAUGUUAAAAAGGCGCACGCGCGCCCCACCGUUUCUCAAUAGCGGCAGAGUAAAAUUGUGCGCGUGUGUGUGUGUGUGUGUAUGACUGUGACGAUUUCCGUCUCACUUCGCCUGUCGGGUUUGCCUUCGUCGCCGAGUCACCAUUAAAGUUGCCUUGCUGUUGUCGCAUCUUUGAUAUACCGCAACAUUGUACCACUGCGUAGGCGACAUCUAACGUCCAGCACAAACCCGUUUCCAGCUUCCGUUUUAAUACCAUUCCUACGCUCUCAUUCGCACAUCCUCUGCAGGCUCAUUUCACUUUGAAGCGGUUCAACUAGCAUUGCCUACAUAAUGUUUACGGGUAAAUUACAAUUAAAAGUAUGCGAAGCAAUCGGUCUGCGUCCAACCGAUUUUCAAAAGCGUCACAAUUUGACUUUCGGAAAGCUAGCCGACGAACAGCCGAUCGAUCCUUAUAUUUCAAUAGAUGUUGACGAUAAUCAUUUUGAUCGCUCGACUACACGACCAAAGACAUUCGAUCCGGUAUGGAAUGAGCAGUUCAUUCACGACGUGACCAAUGCAAAAAAUAUUAACCUGACGGUAUUUCACGAUGCAGCGCUGCCACCUGAUGAUUUUGUUGCCAAUUGCCAAAUACCUUUCGAAGAUAUUAUGCAAAAUGAAUCGGGUGUACUUGAUUUAUGGGUGAAUUUGGAGCCACAGGGUAAACUACAUAUUGUAAUCGAAUUAAAGAACCGAGUUGAUUCCAAUAAAGAUGUGGCUGAAGUGGUGCAGGCGGUCACCCAAAACAAGGAGUUUAAAGAGCGCGCUGGUUUCAAUCGCCGUCGUGGUGCCAUGCGGCGGCGUGUACAUCAGGUAAACGGGCACAAGUUUAUGGCGACUUUCCUGCGUCAACCGACUUUUUGUUCACAUUGCCGCGAAUUUAUUUGGGGAAUUGGUAAACAAGGCUAUCAAUGUCAAGUGUGCACCUGUGUUGUACAUAAGAGAUGCCAUAGUUCCGUGGUCACCAAAUGUCCAGGCAUGCGCGAAGAGGUAAACUCGAAACAAAACACCAUGGAAAUGGCACCGGCCGGUCAACGCUUCAACGUCAACGUGCCGCAUCGCUUUUUUGUGCACAACUACAAACGUUUCACGUUUUGCGAUCACUGUGGCUCACUGUUGUACGGCCUGAUCAAGCAGGGAUUACAGUGCACACAAUGCAAUAUGAAUGUGCACAAACGCUGCCAAAAGAAUGUGGCCAAUACGUGUGGCAUCAACACAAAAGAAAUGGCCGAAAUACUUAGUUCGCUGGGCAUUUCACCGGACAAACAAGCCCAGCCACGCCGCUCAAAGUAUUUAAAUCAACCGGGUGGAGACGAUAGCUACAGUCUUAGCGAUCGUAGUGAUCUGGGUACAGAGAGUAGCACUUCCACACGCAGCUCGAUGAUGUCGGAACGCUCGGCCACAAGCACCUCGACUGCAAUGACAGGCCUUAGUGCGAUUACAGGCCAAUACUUCGAAUCGCGUCCGGGCAAAACUUCAUUAUCGGACUUUAAUUUCAUCAAAGUAUUAGGCAAAGGCUCAUUUGGCAAGGUGAUGUUGGCCGAAAAGAAGGACACCGAAGAGAUUUACGCUAUUAAGGUGCUGAAAAAGGAUGCCAUCAUACAGGAUGACGAUGUCGAUUGCACAAUGACCGAAAAGCGCAUAUUGGCCCUGGCCGCUAACCAUCCAUUUUUGACAGCACUACAUUCCUGUUUUCAGACUAAGGAUCGUCUAUUCUUUGUUAUGGAGUACGUGAACGGCGGCGAUUUGAUGUUUCAAAUACAAAAAGCACGUCGCUUUGAAGCUGCACGCGCCGCUUUCUAUGCCGCCGAGGUCACGUUGGCACUUCAGUUUUUGCACUCUCAUGGCGUCAUUUACCGUGAUUUAAAACUGGAUAAUAUUCUUCUGGAUCAAGAGGGCCACUGCAAAUUGGCCGAUUUUGGCAUGUGCAAGGAGGGCAUUAUAAAUGGUGUUUUAACCACCACCUUUUGUGGCACUCCAGAUUAUAUUGCGCCUGAGAUAUUAAAAGAGCAAGAGUACGGUGCCUCCGUCGACUGGUGGGCGUUGGGUGUGCUUAUGUACGAAAUGAUGGCCGGUCAACCGCCGUUCGAGGCUGACAACGAGGAUGAAUUAUUCGAUUCAAUCAUGCACGACGAUGUUUUAUAUCCGGUUUGGUUGUCCAGAGAUGCUGUGUCCAUUUUGAAAGGGUUCCUAACAAAACUUCCCGAAAACCGUCUAGGGUGUUCCGGCGAUGAAAACGCCAUACGUAGGCAUGCAUUUUUCGGUAAAUUAGAUUGGGAUGAAUUGGAAAAGCGCAAUAUUAAACCGCCUUUCAGACCAAAAAUGAAAAAUCCACGUGAUGCCACCAAUUUCGACACAGAGUUCACGAAAGAGGAACCAGUACUCACGCCCGUUUCCAACGAUGUUAUACGCUGUAUUAAUCAGGAUGAAUUCGCUGGCUUCUCAUUUGUCAAUCCGAAAUUCGGACCCGAACGUAAAGUAUUUUAAGUGGUUUUGUGUGUGUGCGCAGGCGCCUGAAGGAUUCAACUUCUAUACAGAAAACUAAACAAAAUAAAAAGUCAAGAAGAAAGCAAAGUCAACAAGCAAAUUAUUUGCAAAGCCAAGAACGCAACAUCAACAACAACAACAACAACUAUUACUACUAUUAUAUUCGUUCUUUUUAUAAAAUGUGUGCGCUUGCACACACUCACACAUGCGCGCGCAGGAAGCCGCACAUGUCAGCGCCGCACAGUGUCGCCGGAAGCAACAAAUACAUUUCAGCAGCUGUGCUUUUCUUGUCUUGAUUUUAAUUUAAAUAACGAGUUGUGCAUAUUCGUUCGACGCCAUGAGUUGCAUCGAACAUGUAUAUGUGUGUGUGCCAUUUUAUUUUACGCUGUAUUUAUUAUGUGCAGCUGCGAGUUCCAAAUUUGGCAUGCGCGAAAUGUGAAACACAAAACAAGCUUAAAUUGUUAACGCGUCAAACUCUACUCGUAGUAUUUGUUAGGAAAAACAAAAAGAAAAUCAAUCCAAUAACCAAUAAACAAAGAAGGAAAGGUUGAAAGUAACAUAACAAAAAAAAAAAAUUAAUGAAAGUAAAAAUAAAAAUAAAAAAACACUUUGUAACAUGCAACGGAAGAAAAAACUGCAAAAUAAAAAUCUAAUAACCACAAAAAUUAUUAACGACAAAAACAAAAUCUAUAAAGGUUUGCAAAUUUGCGUUUAUGCAUUGUGUAGAUUAAAGCAUGUAGUUGUUUUUGUAUUUUAUUUACCUUUCUCAAUUCGAGCGACCACUUUAGAACUGCAAAUAUAAAUAUAUUUAUAGGGCUAAAGUUGGAGGCUAAAGCAAAUACGGAGUUAUUUUCCAUUAUUCAACCACAAAGAGGCACCACCUAACACUAGGCAGCCCGGUAACUUAUUUUUGGUUACCUUAAAUUGCGCGGUAAUGAAUUUGUUUAAACAUCUGGCAACCGCUGCAGUUCUACUCUUAAUAUCUUUCUGAGGGCUGCACGUAAAAUGAAUUUGUAAAAGAAUUUUUUUAAAGUUGGCGUUGCCAAGCCUUGGUGUUAGUAAAAUGAAUUUGUAUGCAUAUUUUUUUGAUCCUCUAUUAGUCUUUGUCUUUUUUUUGUUAAUUUGUGCUAUAUAAACUUUUCACUUAGCUCGAGUUGGUGAAAAAGAUUCGUAUUACUCACAUUGUUUAGAAUGCGAAAGUGCAUAAAAAAAAAAUCUCAAAUUGUAUGCUUUAUUGCCAAAUUAGAAAAGAGAUGCCCUGCCCAGCCAUAUUUUCUAGCUUUACAAAUUAGUUACAAAAAUAUUUAUUAUUGUUCUUCAAUCUCACUCAAACUACUCAAACGAAUUUGUGUGCUAUUUUGUGAAUUUUGUUGUUGCCAACAAAUGUAUGUAGAAAUCUCAUUUUUCUAUUAAUUUAUGAAACAUUUUACCUAGCGUAUUAAAAUUUUAUUAAAAUAAUUGCAUUGUUAUUAUUUAGAUAUACCGCAUAAAUUCAUAAGAAAUGAAAUAGAUUUUAUAUACCUGGUAAAAUGCAAUAAAGUAUUUUAAAAACUAUUUAUUUGUUAUGAAUUUGAGUGAAGGUAUAUAAAUGAAGCCUUGGAAAGCUACAACAACGUAUUUGAAUAUUAAUGAAUUGUUUAAUUGACGAAAACAAAACAAAAAAAAAAACACAAACGAAAAAAAAAACAAAUACAAUAUAAAAUUGUAAAAAUAAAUUUUUUAGCAAAUUGUCAAAUUUAAUUUAAAUUGCGUUUAUUGAUAGGCAAAGUUUAAGCGCCUAAAAUCAUGUUAUGUUAAUAUCUUGUAAAUUAGGGCGAGACAUUUGUUUUGCUGAGAGCGAGUUUCUCAGUGCCAGUUCAACUAUGGUGAAUUUGGAAAUUUCUUCUUCUUGAUUGGUGCGCUUUUGACCGAGCUCAACAAAGCGCGCCAGAUGUUUAUUGCGCGUGCUAAUCGACGCACUUUGAAACUAUGCGCUGAAAGUAAAAAGUGAGGUUAAACUUGCGCUCAGAAACUGGCUCUCGUUGGAGUCCUACUAAGCUUUAGUUGCUACAUAUGCGCUAUUAUGUAUAUGAUUAUGUUUAUGUGUUAAUGGAUUUCAGCAUUCAACGAAAUUAAUGAAAUUUUUUUUUGGUUUUUUGUUUUUGUUUUUAAUAUUGUAGUUUAGUAUAUUAUUUAUGACCUUUUUUGUUGUUGGUAAAAUCGAUGUUAUAUUAUUAGUACAAGCGAGUAUUUCCCACUUCUUUAACACAUCGAAUGUAAAGUGUCAUUCGCCAAAUCUAGUCAAUAUGAGUAUAAAAACGCACGCACACACAUACACGCAUACUACAGACAUGCAAUAUUACUGAUUUGUUGGUAGUUAAAUGCAUUUGAAACAUUUGUUGAACGACGUUUUUUUUGUUUUGUUUUUUUUUAGUUAAAAAAAGAAACGACGUUUUUUUAUUGUAUUAUUAUUUCUAAAGCAAAGCGAACAAAUUUUAUUUUGUUGUAUUAGUAAUCUUUAACUAAUUUUAAUUUACAACACAACCUCUAAUUAUUAUAACAAUUAUAUAUAUGUAUAUGUACAUGUACAUGCUUUCUUUGAAGUGUAACUUAGUUUGAAACUAAUUUGGAUUGUAUUGAGAGCAUUCAGCUUGAAACGAGAUGAAAUUUAUUUGAAAUAAAAUUGCAAACGCACACUUUAA